AUGUCUUGUCCGCUUGGAAGUGACAACGUAUUCGGACCUCGAAUACUCGAAGAAUGUCGCCCAUUCGACUUUACCUUGCUUUUUGAAGAUGCGAUCUUUGCAAUUUUACCAGCGAGCACGUUUCUGUUGUUGGCAGCGUGCCGUCUUCCAUCACUGAUCCGUGCGCCGAUCAAAGUCACAUCGCAUCGGCUUGCGACGUGGAAACUGGGAACCCUGGCCGUAUUGUUGACUUUCCAAAUUCUACACCUAGCUUAUCAACAAGAAGUGUCAUCCCUACACACAAAUGCUUCGCUGGCAGCGAGCCUUCUCCAGCUAUUCGCAGUGGCUGCAGCUACACUACUAUCAUGGUUAGAAGAUCAGCGCUCCGUCCGUCCGUCGGAUAUUAUGGUACUCUAUUUCUUUGUUGCUACUAUUCUCGCUGUUCCUCGAGCACGUACCUUGUGGCUACUUUCGCCAGUCGUUGAAUUACAAGCCAUUUUGUGGACGUUGGUUACUAUCGCUACGGCAGGAGUUUUAUGCGUCGAAUCAAUUCACAAAACUCAAGUUCUACGCCUGGCGUAUCGGCAGUCAAGCAAAGAGUACACGUCCAGCUUCUGGGUUCGUAGCUUUUUUAUCUGGGUUCUUCCACUGUUCCAAAGUGGAUUCACCUCCAUCCUUGCUCUUCAUGAUAUGCCCGAAGUGGAUCGUGCUCUCCAAGGAGAGUCGGCAGAGAGCCGGCUUCACCAAGCCUGGUCGAAGAGCCAAAAAGCCCGAAAGUACAGAUUGGUCCGCGUGACAUUUCGUGCAUACUGGUGGCCAUUUGUCAGUGCAGUGGUGCCUCGACUGUGUCUGACGGCAUUCAAGUUCUGCCAGCCAUUUCUCAUUUCGGCAACUCUAGAUUUCAUCAGUGAUACAUCAAACUCGGAAACCCGCUACUAUGGACCCGCCCUCGUGGGCGCCUUCGUGUUGACCUACCUAGGAAUGGCUAUAUCCACCGCUGUAUACUGGCGCCAGACUUUCCGGUUCAACACGACAAUUCGAGCAGGCCUCAUUUCUUUAAUCUACCGACAGACAAACAAGAUGCACGCCAGUGAAUUCAAAACAGAAUCGUCCAUCACACUUAUGGGUACAGAUGUGGAGCGUAUUGUGAGGCACUUCUGGAGUAUUCAUGAGGCAUGGGCGGGCCCAGUCGAUGUGGCCAUAGGUGUCUUCCUUCUGGCUCGCCAGCUCGGUGUUACCUGCUUGAUCCCUGCUGUCAUUUCAAUCAUUGUGGUGGUUGCGACCAUUCCAGUUUCCCAAAGGUCUGGCACGGCCCAGAAACGGUGGAUCGAAAGAGUUCAGACGCGCCUGAACACAACCUCCAGCAUGUUGAACGAUAUGAAGUCUGUCAAGAUGUUAGGUCUUGGAGAUAAGCUCUAUGCUUGCGUUUCCACACUCCGCCAGGUUGAAUUGCAAGUCUCACAGAAAUUCCGUGUCUUGCUCAUCUGGCAGGUAGUUUUAUCAAACAUGCCUGUGACUUUUGCACCUUUUGCCACUUUUGCGAUAUAUGCGAUCAUCCAAUCCGUUCGUGGAGGCCAAUCCCUUCUGGCGAAUCGGACGUUCACAUCUCUGUCGUUGAUCUCAUUGAUGACCGACCCGCUGCUCAUUUUUAUCCAGACACUCCCAUCACUAUGGGAGUCCGUUUCUUGCUUCAAUCGCAUUGAAAAUUAUUGCACCAAGGCACCAAUGGAGAUACCGAUUGAUAAUGCGACUAUCGAUGAUGGACUGGAGCUCUCCUCACAACCAUCCUCCAGUGCCUCUCCGACCUCCGUGAUCGAGUUCCAAAACGCUGGAUUCUCGUGGACUGCAACCGGGCCUCAAUUUCUCCAUGGCAUCAAUUUUACCGUAAAAAAGGGACACAUCACUGCUAUAAUUGGGCCGGUAGGGAGCGGCAAGAGUACACUCUUGGAGAGUGCUCUGGGUGAAACAACCCUCAGAGAAGGUUCUUUAUCGCGAUUCGCAACAAGCGUCGCUUAUUGUCCCCAGACGCCCUGGAUCAUGAAUGACACCAUUCGUCAAAACAUAAUCGGUCCGGCUGAAUAUGAUCCCAAAUGGUAUAGCUUUGUCGUCUGGGCUUGUGCCUUGGAAACCGACUUUGAAAACAUUGCAGGCGGCGACAUGUCCAAGGCUGGCAGUUCCGGAAUAACAUUGAGCGGAGGACAGAAACAAAGAAUUUCAUUGGCUCGGGCAGUCUAUUCUCGCGCGCCGACACUGGUCCUUGAUGAUGUCUUCAGUGGCCUUGAUAAUAAGUCUGUCGUUGCAAUCACAACCCGCCUGCUAGCAUCAGAUGGUCACUUUCGAGAAUCCGGUAGAACGGUUAUUCUCGCGACUCACAACAACCGCCUGUUGCCGCACGCCGACAACAUAAUAAUUCUCGAGAAUGGUACAGUACGCAAGACUGGUUCGUUCCAAGAAAUCGAGCCCGACUUGCCCCAGGACCACCACAGUGACAGCGACGAUUCUCAAAACGAAGAGUUGGUAGUGGCCGCAAAGCAAACACCCUUGAGUCAUCUUGAUAGGGUGUUGAGCACCACAGAGGAGGAGUCAGCUGUCGAGUUGAAUCAGGCACGUCGUGAUGGAAAAUGGUCCGUCUAUUCGUAUUACUUCAAAUCCGCCGGCUGGACUAUUAUGAUUAUGUUGGUCGCAGCUAUCUGUAUCUGCGGAUUCACAGAUAGAUUCUCAACUAUUUGGUUGGAACAGUGGUCAAAUGCGAACGAGAAUAACCCCAACCAGUCUCCAGCUAAGUAUAUUGGGAUUUACUCCUUGCUCAUUGGAAUAUCGCUAUGUGGUCUGGUUUUCUCUUGCUGGGCGCUUCUCAUUCCUAUCAUCAGCAAUACGGGUCGCAACAUGCAUGCCCACCUGCUCAAGGCCACUCUAAAUGCACCAUUUAGCUUCUUCCAGAAGACUGAUGCAGGUUUAACAACCAAUAGGUUCAGUCAGGACUUGGAACUUAUCGACAUGGACCUUCCACUUCAAGCGAUCAAUACUAACAUGUCCUUUGCGAACUGCGUCGUUCAGCUGAUUUUACUUUGUAUCUUGGGUAAAUACCUCACGAUAACAGUCCCCGCUCUUGGCAUAAUCCUCUUCUUCGUGCAAAGUUACUACUUGCGGACCUCUCGUCAGGUGCGACUGCUCGAUAUAGAGGCGAAAUCCCCUCUUUUCUCACACUUUGUGGAAACCAUGCAAGGCAUCAAUGUCAUUCGGGCAAUGCGAUGGCAGACGCCUUUCCAAGAUCGCCUCCAGGAACUACUAAGCCAGUCACAAAAGCCAUUCUACAUGCUAUUUUGCAUCCGACAGUGGCUUCAAUUGGUGCUGGACUGUAUAGUGAUGGGGCUUGCCGUUGUUCUCGUAUCAUUGGUGGUCUCUCUCCGAGGCCAAUUCAGUGCUGGCUCGAUUGGUGUCGCCCUUAACUUGAUUCUAGUGUUCAAUCAGGAUCUGAUGCAGUUUAUCAAAUCCUGGACUCUUCUUGAAACCUCGAUAGGGGCGGUGGCUCGUAUCCAGGAUUUUGUCGAGAGUACUCCAUCCGAGGAAAAGCAGCAGCCCGAACUAUCGACUGUUCCACCUCAAUGGCCUGAACGAGGGGACCUGAUAUUCGAAAAUGUGACAGCUUCAUAUGGACCUGAUUCCCCGCCGGUGUUAAAGGAGCUGUCCUUAGCUAUCAAGCCCGGUCAGAAGAUUGCUGUCUGUGGCCCUUCUGGCAGUGGCAAAACGUCUCUUAUCCUAGGAUUGUUGCAGAUGAUUAAUUUGCGAGAGGGCAGUAUCCUUUUGGAUGGAAUAGACCUCUCUACACUGCCCUGCAGCACUGUACGCUCUCGAAUCAAUGUUGUACCGCAGGAACCCUUUUUUAUGCCUGGAACAUUGCGUUUUAAUUUGGACCGCCAACUGGAGGAUCACCCAGUCCCAGACUCCACUCUCAUCCAGGCGCUGGAGGCUGUCGGACUAUGGAAGAAAGUACGCGAAGACUGUCCCGGUGGCGGGGAGUUAGACGCGCUUUUGUCGAUUUCCAACUGGUCCAUGGGUGAGCGACAGUUGCUUGCACUUGCUCGAGCACUGGUUAUGAAGAGUCCGGUACUAGUUCUAGAUGAGGCGAUGAGCAGCGUGGACUGGGAUACCGAAGCCGCAAUGCAAGAAAUUAUCGAGCGAGAAUUCAAAUCUCACACUAUCAUUUCCGUCAUUCAUCGGCUGCGCUACGUCGAAAGCUAUGAUCGAGUUGCACUGAUGAAGCAAGGCCGACUGGUGGAAUAUGCUAGUCCGCAAGAGCUCUUGGAAGCCCCCUCUCAAUUUGCGUCAUUUUAUCACGCAAAAAAGGCUCCCCGCUGAGAAAGAAAGUCUGGAAGCCGGGUAUAGCUAGAAUGGUCAAGGAGCUUAGGCUUAUCCAACGGACCUGUUAUGUUGCGUCAUGACAUGUCAAUCCACUCAGUUACAAUUUUCUAAUAUUUCGAUACCA